AUGGCCUCCAUGGUUUGGGUCAAUCCUGGACAUGAAGACGGACUAGGAGAAGCACUCUUUGAGAGCAGUCCUGCAGAGAAGGGCUUGGGGGUUCUGGCGCUGAAAUUGAAAACCACUGUGAAAGGGGAUACACCACCUACCCUGGCAACCACCAGCUUCUGUAAAAAGGAGCCUUGGGAGUCCCAAUCUUUCUGCAGUAAUUUUCCUCAUGAAGUUGUCUGUGCAGAUUCCUGGGGCCAGUUCUUGCUGGUUUCUACAGACGCUGGCAUCUUGUUAAUUGAUGAUGGUCAGCCAUCAGUUCAAGUAUUUGAUAAAACUCUCCAAAUAAAGCAGAUGCAUGUGUUGGAAGUUCUGGAUCUUUUGAUUGCCCAAACAGACGAAAGAAAAGACUCUCGUCUCCUUGUCUUCAGAUUGAGUGCUGUCCAAAAAGAUAUAGAAACAAAGCAGAUGAUAAGAAGCAAAUAUGACUGCAGAGAAAAUAAAUUGGAGAGAACAAAAGGCUGCCAUUUGUAUGCCAUUAAUACUCACCAUGGCAGUGAACUGAGGAUUGUUGUGGCUAUUGGGAACAAACUACUUCUCAUCACAAAGAAAUACAAUCCAUGCAACAGUUUAACCAGUAGCUCUCUGCUGUCAUUACCUGAAUCUCCAGUAGACGAGUUCCAGUACAUCUGGGAAAUACGCCUUUCUGACCCUCCAGUGGUUAUGACACUGGUGGAUGGACCUACUGGAGACAGUGACAAUAUGAUCUGUGUGGCGUAUCGGCAUCAGUUUGAUUUAGUUAAUGAAAGUAUUGGGGAGUCCUAUAGACUGCAUCAUGUUGAAGCAAACAAAGUAAAUUUUGUUGCAGCUAUUGAUGUAUAUGAAGAUGGUGAAGCUGGCCUACUGUUAUAUUAUAACUAUGUUUGCCAAUAUAGAAAGGUGUAUCCUUUUAAUGGAGGUUCUCCACUCGUCCAGUCAUCGGCUUACGACUUUCACUUUUGCUGGAAUCAAGUUCCUUAUGCUGUUGUCUGUGCUUUCCCUUCUAUCCUUGCCUUCACUACUGAUUCCAUUGAGAUCCGAUUAGUGGUGAGUGGAAACUUAGUCCACACAGCAGUUGUGCCUGAGCUUCAGCUUGUAGCAUCAAGGUCAGAUAUUUAUUUGAAAGCUACUGCUGCAAUAAGGGGAUCAUCUCAUAGCAGUUCUAAGGAAAUGAGUUCAAGUUCUCCUCAAGCACUGACGGCUUAUGAAAUACCAGAAUGUCCUCUUUCUUCUUGAGAAGCCUAUUUAUAG